UAAGGCUCUGGCCGGGAGGAUCCUGCGCGUGUGCCUAGUGCCUGUGCACAGACAAAAUGAAUAUUUUGCCUCCACUGAUCGUACAGAGGCCACAUGUGCAUCCUGCCUUCAUAGAGCAAACAGUUUGCCCAGCAUUAGAAUUUGCAAGGGUUCAUUUGAUCAAAGACAAAGAUGGCAUAGAUGAUUAUUUGGUGAAGAAUAUCAAAGGGCUGUCAAAACAAGAAGCUGCUGCUUGCAGGAAUUCAUACAAGAAGAACAUCUGCAUAGACAUGCUGCGACAGGGUUAUCACAAGUCCUUCUCGGAGCUCUUCACUCUGAUACAGAAGUGGAAUGCCUUGAGGGAGGCUGCGGGGCCUGGGUCAGCCAUAUGGCAGCAGGAGUCCCUGGAGGAGCAGCCUGAUAAGCUGGAUCAGCUUUACCACUUCCUGACCAGGGCCGAGGCCGCGCAGCGAGCAGGGAACUAUGAAGAAGUGUACAAUAACCAGCUGAACUUGGCCUACUGCUUCAAUGACUCCGAGGACAAAUGGUUAAGGAAUUACUUUUAUGAGCAGUGCUUUAACACUGCUCAACUAAUAAAAAUCGAUGGUGGAAAGAAAGAGGCACAAGCACAUGCAAAUAUGGGCCUCAUCAGUGAGGAACAAGGUGAUAUUAUGAAAGCUGUUGAACACUAUGAAGCAUUUUAUGAGCUAACAUUGGGCUCAACAUGGACGGAUGAGACGGGCCGUACUUACAAUUCACUGGCAUGUGAACAUCUCUGGAAAACUUACACAGUUCUAGCAGACAAAAUGCUAGAAGAUAAACAAUACCAACAGGUCAUCAAAACACUAAAAAAAGCUUUAAAAAUGGCAAAAGAAGGAGGUGAUAUGAAGAUGGAAGGAGAAGCUGCCUACUGCUUAGGUUUAGCAUAUCACUUUGCUGGAGAAGAACAGGCAGCGAUACCGAUUUUGAAUACUUCUGUAGAAAUCUUCACAGCCCUGUGUGAUUCAGCUGGCCUAGGCAGAGCACAUGAAGCAAUAACCAAGAUUCUGGUGAGUCAAGGAAAAGUGGCUGAAACUGUUACGCACUUGGAAGAGUUUGUAAAGGUUGCUGAGAAUGCUCAUUUAAGCCGAAGCCUGGUGGAUGCAUGCAUAUUACUCGGGAAUCUUUGCAAUGAAAGAGGGCACUAUAAUGAAGCUUUUGAAUAUUUCAGUCGAGCAUUUGAGGCAGCAAACACUUUAAGUAGUUUGCCCUUAGUGGAUGAAACCAAGACGUACUACGGCAUUGCGAGGGCUCAUAAAAUGAUGGUGGCAGUUAACAGCCAUACCGAAGCAGCAGAUCUCGUCAGCAUGAGGUACCUGCUGGCUUGGAAGGAGAGCAGAAGUGACGUGUGCGCUGACCCUCUUACAGCCGAACUUAAUGAAGAAAUAAGCUCCUCAAACCCCAUGGGAACAUCUUUGAGAGACACCAGUUCAGGAUCCUCCCAGAGAAUGCCUACCUACUUAAAGAAAAAAAAUGCUGAUGGAUGUAAAGAAUGAGAUGGGGAAGAUCCUUGAAGUCAUGCAACAAAGUAAGAAUUUCAGGAAUUUCAGUAGGAAUUUUAAUUGUCAUUUAAAUGUGAGCACAUUCUUGCUGUGUGGCGCAAUGUGUCAGAAUAGCUGGUGUCAUUGAAAUAGAAAAGGAAGAGAGUAAUCUAGAAAAAAAAGUUUCUUGUUUUUGCCGCAAUGGCUUGCUUGCUUUCAAUGUAUCACAACUCUCCUGUUAAGAUCCUAAGCAUCCUUUAUGCCCUCUGAAGUGAAUGGGAGUCCAAGAUUCUCUACACUGUGUAAGGUCAGGUUCUCUAUGUAUACGCAAAAUAUUCUUUAAAUCCCAGAUUACUGUCCCCUUCAGAAAGCUCCGAGCAUGAUGCUUGUACAUGGGACUUUCAGUGAUUUUUCUGUGUGUGCUUAAUAUCUAGAACUCAAUUAUAACAUGAACAGAGUGGAUCCAGCCCAGGUAGCACCCUGAAGUACAAUUUUGUUCUAAUUUAUAGCACAGGUUGGUCAUGAAGCACAAAUAAGUAUGUUCAAGCUCUAGUUGGUAGGUGAAACUAUGGAAAACCUGUAUAGUCAAAGCCUAUAGUCAUUGAAUCCUGUGUUAAUUGGCACAACAGAGUAAACCAAAAAUCUACUUAGACUGUUCCUGAGAAAUAAUCUGAGGCUAUGAUUCCUGUUUGGGAGAAAUCUCUCCUGUUUUUUGGCCAAGUCUCUCCUCUUGAUGAAAUUCUCAGCAGUGGUUUCCCCUCGUGACCUGUGUCUCUCUGCCUCCUGUGGGCUCCGUUGCUCUCAGAGGGCCUUUUCCAGCUCUACCACCCUUGCCCUCAGGAGCAGCUAAAGGACAGAAGAUGGCAGCUGUCACUUUGCAGACUGUGUGUCAGAACAUGAUCCAGGACCCCUUGAAUUUAAUGUAGGAAAAUUGAUGGCAGCUUUCAUAUUUCCCUUGUUCUUUCAAACUACACAAACAAAGCUCUGUGAAUCCAGAUAACUGACCUCUCCUGUCUAUAAAGGAAGGUUUCCAGAUUCAGAGUUUGAAACAGGCUUCAUUAGACCUGUAGCUAGUUUUUGUAACAGUCUUUGAGCAAGAAAUAGCUUUUGCCAUAGUAAUAACUCAAUCCACUAGUUUCUUCAGAGUUGCAAUUUGAAUAACUAGUUGACAUGUGACAGAAGGAUUUCGUCUUAAUAAGACAUAGUAAAAAUGCAGCAUUAACAACCUCUCGUUAAACUCCAAUCUCCAUGUUAAUUUAGAAUGUUUUUAAAAGACUGAAAAGUUUUGUGGAAGUGUUCCUGUGUACAACCAUUGAUACAUACAUAAAUCUCCUUACUGAAUGUUAUGGUGAGGUAAAAGACUAUAAAAGGGCAAAGAAGAGUAACAAGAUCCUAAGUUAAAUAUAAACAAUAACAUUAUCUAGUUUUCUCGUUAUAUUUCAGUGUUAUGAAUAUGAAAUACUAAAAGAUAAUAAUAAAUAAAUAUGAAUAAAUAUAACUWAAUAUAAAAACCAUACAAUGACUUUGCAAAUUACAUGUGAAAAUGACAUUAAUCUGAAAACUCUUCAAAUGUUGAUGAGUAUAGCAGGUCUGCUAGUAAGAGGUUGCUACUUUUAGAUCUUUGUACCUGCUUUUUUACCAGAAAAUUAUGCAAAACUGGAGUACUUUAAUUUAUCCUUUUUAGAUUUAAAAAAAAAAAAAAAAGUAAAGAACAAAAAACUCCAAAUUCUAAUUGUAGAAGAGCUGAUAAUAUUUUUUUAAAGUUCCUAGAUUCUUAAGGGUUUUAACUUCAUUUACAUUUCUGCAGCAACUGAACAUAUUAUGUAUUUGUGUCCCCAGAGUUAUAGUACAGUUACAUUAAAUAGCAUCCAUGAUGACUCUUUUUUGCCAAUCUAUGCUAGUUACUUCGUGCUAACUUGUGUAUGUUUAUGAAAAAAUAGUCACAAAUUCCUCUCCUAGAUUAGCCCUUUUGUACAUGUUGACAAUGUUUUUUUUAGGAGGCUUUUAAUAAGGGGACUUUUAUUACUUUAUAAUGAUGUGGGUGUCGAUCUUGAUCUUCCCCUUCCAGAAGCCCCAGCAGAGCGUGAUGUUUGUUGGGCUCCUCCCUCCCAUCCCUSUAACCGUGUGCCUGAUGCUGAUGCUCUGUCUGACGCUUUUUAGCCGUAAAUCUGCUAAAAAGCAGAUGAGCUCUGCUUUCCAGAUCACAUCGGUGGGGCGGGCAGGUUGGGCAGAAUCUGGUUCCAUGCAUUAUAACUUGGACAGGAUCCUGGCCCCCUUCCCCUUCCUGGCGACGGGCAGAGUUCCAGCACAACGGAGAGGCCUCGGAGCAGCGUCUCACACUGAAAGCUGGAGCUCGCUGUUGCUUGGCUGCUCUACUGACUCAGUGGUUCCUUAGGGAAAACAAAAUCCCACUUAAGUGAAUUGCCAGCUCCUCUUCCAGCAUCAGUUUUCUUUGGUGAUCUCUCGCCAGGCGUAGUCCUGUUGGUAAGGGCUGCUGAGAUCAGAGCUCAGCUUAGCAAAACGGAACUUUUUUUCCCAUGUCUCUUCACGAGAUAGAUUCCGUAGUUUCUUUAAGGAGCUCCUCAUUUGUCUGGCUCAUUAUCACUGUAAUACUUUCACCAGGUGUUUCCAGAAAUCCUCUCUCCCUUAGGACAUUGCAAACAGAAAAGAAUACUUCUGGCAGAGUAUGAACUGCAGUUCCAGGUUUUUCUGUGCUCAGAGAAAUUGUACAAAUACUUGACUUUAGUGAAAUUAUGAAAGCAGGUAAAUCACUUUAGCCCAAGCAGCCAGUUGUCUGCCACAAACCAUAGUUUAAUUAAACAUAUUACAGCAAAUCAGUUUCUGAAUAGUUCUGAAAUGGUAAUGUUGCUAUCUUUAAAACACAUUAUGGGAGACUUGGCAAUUAAAACUGCUUCCUGGCCAAGAUUUUGGUGAGUUUUGUUGUGGAUGUAUCAGAUGGUGUAUUUAUUGGCUAACAUUUCAUAGAAGAGAGGAGGGCUGCACUUCAGAAAUUAAUCUGAUUAUGAAAAGCAUAUUUUCUGAACAUUAGUGAGGCUAAGUCUCCUUAAUUAUGAUGAUGUAUGUAAGAUAUUUCAGCAU